AAGGGACCGGCCAGGUUCGAGCCGGGCAUGACUCACCAUACGGACGCGGUCAGCACGCACACGGGGGAGGACGCCCUCCUCAGGACCCUGGCACCCAUGGACCGCGGCCAGCUAUACGACCUGGCUGAGCUGCUGCUCUCCGAGCUCAUUCCCGGAUGGGACGAGGAGGACCAGGACUUCGAGGAGGACACCGAUGACGAUGUCGACUUCGGGGACAUGGAGGACAGCGGCCACUCCAACGUGGGCGCCGUGGACGUGGUGGUGGACGCCAGCUACCGAGCCUGCAUCGAGGAGGCCGAGCGCUACCUGGUGCAGUGCGAGGGCUUCGAUGCCGAGGGCAGCGUCGUGGCGGGCAUGCGGCAGCACCUGCACCUGGCGAGGGUCAGCGCAGCUGCGACCGGCCCGCCGCGAGUCGUCGCGCACCGGCCACCCGGCUACCCCUAGCACCUGCAGGUGUCUCAGGUGUGUCCGCGACACCUCCGCAUCGACAACAGCCGCGCCCUGCUGCCUGCAUCGUCCUGGGUAUAGCUGCCCUCCAACACAAUUGCAGCUGUUCUCGUCAGCAGCCUGUCACAGCUGCAGCUGCGCCAGGCACGCUGCCGUGCUACGUCCGCUAACUGCGCUGCGGAUCGCAUCACGCCAGCUGAGGCAGCUGCGUCAGCGAGCCGUCCGGCCACACUACAUUGCAGCCCUCUUGUCUUCCAUACACUCCCUUUGCUUUCGAUUGAAGGGAAAACUUCCACUUUCUUUGUGCUUCUAGUCAAUAGAUAAGGACUAAGAAUAAUGUUUGUGAUAUUAGGCUUAAGACCGUUGUGUUGUUGUAUUUAUCGAGUACAAGUUUUGCUCUAAAUACUUGAUCUGUGUAACUACCAAAAAUUUAUAAUAAAACACACAAAUUUUCAAUAA